CUGGCAUUGCGCAUUUCCAUUCCAACAGCCGUGGGCAGCUGAACCACCCCAAAAUUAAACGAGGAGAGACCAAAGCCACAUGAUGCAGCAGAAGUUACUGAUCUUGGGCCUGAUCGGAUUGACCCUGGUGGGCGUCUGCCACGCCCGCGGACGGAUCAUGGGCGGCGCGGAGGCGGACCCCAAUGCCACGCCCUACGCCGCCUCCUUGCGCGUGGACAACGGCCACGUGUGCGGCGCAUGCAUUCUGUCCGAGACCAAAAUCCUGACCACCGCCCACUGCGUGCACCGCGAUGGAAAGCUAAUCGAUGCCAGUCGUCUGUCGUGUCGCGCGGGCAGCACCAACCAGUAUGCUGGUGGACGCAUUGCCUAUGUGGAAUCGGUGGCUGUCCAUCCGGACUACUAUAAGCUGCGGAACAACGUGGCCGUGCUCACCCUGAGCUCACCGCUGGCCUUCACCGAUCGGAUCAAGGCCAUCGAGGUGGCCGCCAGCGGGGCGGAGCUGCCCGCCGAGGGAUCCGAGGUCACCGUGGCGGGAUGGGGUCGCACCACCGAGGGCACUGCGUCCUACAAGAUCCGCGAGAUGUCACUGAAGGUGGCUUCGGAGGCCGCCUGUCUGGAUGCCUACAGCGAUCACAGCGAGGACAGCUUUUGCCUAAGCCACGAACUCAAGCAGGGCACCUGCCACGGCGACGGUGGCAGUGGCGUCGUCCACGGGGACAAGCUGAUCGGACUGACCAACUUUGUGGUGGGCGCCUGCGGAUCCCGCUACCCGAAUGUCUUUGUGCGACUCUCCAGCUUCCACGACUGGAUCCAGGAGCAAAUUGCCUAGACAUACCUAUGUACAUACUCCCCAUUGGCCAUCCCACCUACAAUUAUAAUUAUUUCCUAAUUUCCCAAACGAA